UUUUCCCGGGCCGAUGUCAACAAACAGAUCUCCCUUCUGCGUUUCCUGCCAUUGAAGGCUGACAGCUGUCGCAAUCGCUCUCAUGGUCGAACUGUGACGUCUGCUAAUCGCUCUUUUUGAUUCCCCCAUACACACUCGUUCUCCCGCGCCGCUCUGAUCUGGAAGCGCACCGCUUGGAGCGCGUCGCGCCACAACCAUGUCUGAACGAAUGACGCGCUCCAAGACUGGGAAGACGCCCAGCAAGCCGUAUAACCCCGGAUUCGUCGAGACUCCCGGUCGCAGAAGGCACACGCGCAAGUCCUUCGCACCUGACCUAGACGGAGCAGCGGACGACUCGACCCCCGAACCUGAGAGUUUCUCUGCGCCGGCCGCCGUGGACAUAAAGCCUGAAAACGGCUCCGCCAAGCUCAACGGAAACGGAAACGGAAACCUCAAUGGACAUGUGAAUGGACAUACGAAUGGACACGCCAAUGGACACACCAGUAGGGAGGCUAGGAAGGCCAUUCAGGAGACUGAAAACUUCGGACCCUACGAUACUUCUGGCGAGAGAGAAUUUGGUGGGUCGCUGGGAAUGGGCGCCAUGAUGCUCGGUUUCCCAGCGCUCAUGUACUACAUGUGGAUCGGGGCAUUCUUCUACGAUGGCAAGCUGCCACUGCCGGCAGAUGGCCAAAGCCGAUCACAGUUCUUUCAGCAACUUUGGUUUUUGGUCAAAACUGAAGCAUAUCCGAACGCGCGAGCGUGGAAGAUCUACUGGGUCUUCGGAUUUGUGCAGAUGGCUUUCUACCUGCUUCUUCCUGGAGUCUACCGCAAGGGCAAGCCGCUUCCUCAUUUGGGUGGAAAGCAGCUAGACUAUUACUGCUCGGGUAUGUGGUCUUUCUACACUAGCAUUGUCCUCGCGCUGGUCCUCCACUUCACUGGGCUUUUCAAGCUCUACACGCUGAUCGACGAGUUCGGGCACAUCAUGAGUGUCGCCAUAAUAUCCGGUUUUCUCUGCUCGCUUAUUGCGUACUCCCAGGCCAUUGUCCGCGGAGUGACUAUCCGAAUGACUGGCUGGCCAAUCUACGACUUCUUCCUCGGAGCAGAGCUGAAUCCCAGGCUCUUCGGCAUUUUAGACUUCAAGAUGUUCCUUGAGGUCCGCAUUCCAUGGUUCAUCCUUCUGUUCCUUUCUUUGGGGACAUGCCUGAAGCAAUAUGAAAAUUACGGAUAUGUGUCUGGAGAGGCACUCUUCCUCCUACUCGCGCAUUACCUUUAUGCUGGAGCGUGCGGCAAGGGAGAGCAUUUAAUAAUCACUACCUGGGACAUGUACUAUGAGAAGCUCGGGUUCAUGCUCAUUUUCUGGAAUAUGGCCGGUGUUCCUCUCUCGUACUGCCACUGCAUUCUGUAUAUCGCCACACACCAUCCGUCCGAAUACCAGCUGCCUACCUGGUUCACUGUACUUCUGAUUUUCGCCUACCUUGGUGUAUACUACGUCUGGGAUACGACCAAUAGCCAGAAGAACCAAUUCAGACAGGAGGAACGUGGAGUGGUGGAUGAGAGGACUACCUUUCCAUACUUCAAGUACGGAAGGAUCGCCAACCCGAAGACCAUCCAAACAAGGCAGGGCAACAAGAUCCUGUGCGACGGCUGGUACGGCAAGGCUCGCAAGAUCCAUUACACUUGCGACCUCUUCUUCGCGGUCUCGUGGGGUCUCAUUACAGGCUUCAAGUCUCCCUUUCCCUGGUUUUACUCUGUGUUCUUCGCUGGUAUGAUUAUCCACCGUGCUCGACGGGACAUUGAACGUUGCCGGAAGGUCUACGGCGAGGCCUGGGCAGAGUACGAGAGGAGGGUACCUUAUCUCUUCAUUCCGUAUGUCUACUAAUGAUCUUACCAUGCUAUUCGUAGGGCGAAACGCCCUCUUCCUCUUAAAAUCAGUUCGACGUUUCGUCCUCAUCGACACUGUGUAUAUUAUGCAUAUACGUUGCUCUCAGAAGAUACUGGCCUUGCCUCACUAGCGCGGGCAAUUAAUUGAUAAUGAUACUGUUCCAUAC